UUGCAACUCUCAUCAGCUGGUAGAACCGCUGGCUUGGCAGUAGCUGAUGCUGUCCGUGACCCGCUGCCAGUCACCCCGAGGCAGGUUCCAAUGGGAGCAGAUUGAGGUAUAGUCCAAAGCUGGAUAAUACACCAUGUCAUCAUGCGUGUCCAAGAGGACUUCUUCUGAGAGGUCCAUCCUGCAAGAUAAUCAUGAGACCACUGGCCAACCUCAUAUUGUUUGUAGUUUCUCAUCUCUGAGUAUUGACCUAGGUAUGGAAUCUGUCAUUGUGGUCACAGAGUAUGAUUCAAACGUCUCAGAUAAAAAACAUAGCACCAAAGGACAGGAUGGGUGUCAAGACGAGGAACUCAAGAAAAACAAUGGCGAAGAACCUGACUUUGUUAGACUUAGUGAAAGUGGGUGUACGGUAGAUAACCUUAAGGUGCUUCCAAAGGAACUCAAUGAACCCAGAUCCAAACUCAACACGGGCAACAGGAAGUUGUCACUUCAAGAACGUUCCCAGUCUGCUCAGUCACCGGGUAAUAACUUAGACAUGAAUGGACGAUAUAUCUAUCCAUCUCUUCCCUACUCCCCUGUGACAUCACCUCAGUCUUCACCUCGCCUGCCACGGAGGCCAACAGUUGAAUCUCAUCGGGUUUCUAUCAAAGGCUUUCAGGACUGUGUCCAGCUGAAUCAGUAUAGGCUGAAAGAUGAAAUUGGGAAGGGCUCCUAUGGAGUUGUAAAGCUGGCUUAUAAUGAAGAUGAUAACACAUACUAUGCAAUGAAAGUUCUUUCAAAGAAGAAGCUAAUGAGACAAGCAGGUUUUCCGCGCCGUCCUCCUCCUAGAGGUGCCAAAGUAGCCUCAGAUGGAGGUGUUCAAGCCAAGGGGCUGAUUGAGAGGGUCUACCAGGAAAUAGCUAUUCUGAAGAAGCUGGACCAUCCAAAUGUAGUCAAGUUGGUUGAGGUGCUGGAUGACCCCAGCGAGGACCAUCUGUAUAUGGUGUUUGAACUGGUGAAGCGAGGCCCUGUUUUGGAUAUUCCAACAGCUAAACCAUUAACAGAGGACCAAGCCCGAUUCUACUUCCAGGAUCUUAUUAAAGGAAUUGAAUACUUGCAUUAUCAGAAGAUAAUUCAUCGUGAUGUCAAGCCAUCCAAUCUUUUAGUGGGGGAAGACGGCCAUGUUAAAAUAGCUGAUUUUGGAGUCAGUAACCAGUUUCAAGGAACCGAUGCAUUUCUGUCUAACACAGUGGGAACCCCCGCGUUCAUGGCUCCAGAGACCCUCUCUGAGACUCGCAAAAUAUUUUCUGGGAAGGCUCUGGAUGUUUGGGCAAUGGGAGUAACCCUGCACUGUUUUGUCUUUGGUCAGUGCCCAUUUAUGGAUGAGAGAAUUUUAACUCUACAUAGUAAAAUAAAGAAUCAACAGCUGGAGUUUCCUGAACAGACAGAUAUUUCAGAGGACUUGAAAGACCUAAUUCUGCGGAUGUUGGAUAAGAAUCCAGAAUCUAGAAUAACUGUUCCUGAAAUUAAGCUACACCCAUGGGUCACCAAACACGGUGCAGAGCCUCUGCCGACUGAGGAUGAAAACUGCACUCUAGUGGAAGUCACUGAAGAAGAGGUGGAGAAUUCUGUCAAGCACAUCCCUAGCUUGGCCACAGUGAUCUUGGUAAAAACAAUGCUUCGUAAACGCUCUUUUGGGAAUCCAUUUGAUGGAAGCAGGAAAGAAGAACGAUCUUUGUCCUCCCCAGGAAAUCUACUUGCAAAGAUCAAAUCAGGAAAUGUGACAUGUAGUUACAGCCAAAGAAUAAAAGGCAGUGAGGAGAGUUUACGAGAGAACGACCUGGCUGAGGUGGGAGAGGAUGAAGUUCUCUCCUGAGACUUCUAUAUCUCAGGUGGCUUUUUAACAGGUUCCUCUACAGAAGAUCAUAAAGAGACCUCCGUCUGUGUGUGAGCACGUUAUGAUGCAGCUGUGCAUGCUACUACUGAUCAGUACAGUGCUGAAUGAAGAUCGUAUGUUGCUGCAUGCGCUAAAGACCUAACUGUCCUGCCUUGGGAUGUAUAAUCUGUUGUUAAACGUAUCAGUUACCUUGACGUGGGCUUGCUCUUCCAUAAGACAGCUGGAUGUUGAUCCAGAGAAGGUGAUUGUACUGUAUGUUGCAAAAAAAUGAGAAACUAUUUAAGUGGCUUGUCUUAAUGCCAAAUAUUAUACACACAGCUGCACUGAUUUUAGAUUCAGGACACUAAUAGUGUGUAACCCUUUUAUUGCUGGAGUUACUUGCAGCAAUUAAAUCUGUUGUGGCAGAAUAGAGUUUAAUGGAUCAGAAUGUAUUAAAGGCUGUUUGCAAGCAGAAUAAUCUCCAGGUAAGUCAUUUUUCAUAGAAAUGAUUUUGGAAAAUUUCAGAUUAUGUCUGCUUUAUCGUUCUUCCUGUGUGUUCAUGUGACUUUCAGUUUACUUUACUUAAAGUUAAGAGGUAAAAAGUCAUUACAUUACAUUUUGAUAGAGCUCUUACAUAAAUAAAUAUGUCAGAUUCAGGUGACAGCCUAAUUCAGUUAGUUAAGCCAAUGGCCUAGAUUCAUAAAUGCUUGUGAGGUUGCCAAGGAGCCUCGUUGUGAAGUGAGGUCAUGUUUGAAUUUAAUUGAGCAUCGCUUCACCUAUGUUUUCUACAGAUACAUUAGUGGGCAUUGCUGCCAUUACAUAUAUAGUGGCAUUAAGUGCCCAGUACAUGAUAUAUUGCACAAUGGAACCUAUUGCUAAGGGGUUACAUCAGUUACAACCACAACAACUACAGCCAAAUGCUUGAAACAUGGUAAUAUGAAAUGUUUGUGUAAAUAUUUGCAUGUGUGUUUUGUUAAAGUCCCACUGGGUAGACUAAGAGGUGUCUCAAGACCUCAUAGAUACUAAUAAACACCUGACUAUGGCUGUUUUGGGGGCGUAGUCAGGAUUUUUUACCUACAUGAACACCAAGCAGGUGGAAUUCAUGCACACUCACCCCCUGUAAAGUAUCAUGUCUGUUUCAAAGUUAAACAUUUUUUUGUUAUUGUUUUACUUUUUCUCCAGUUGUUUUUUGCACAUGUGUUAGAGUGGACAUUUUUUUAGGGUGAUUUGAAGGUAUUUUAGAGAUGCCGGUAUCCUUUACCAUGGAGCUAAUUCUAUGCUCCUAGAGAAACAGUAGAUAUGGCUCCAUUUAUUAUAAUAAGGGGAGUUGCUCAUGAAUCCAGGGUUUUAUGAGGGGGCUACAAAUCACUUUGAAUUGUACAAUUUUGUGAUGUUGCAACAAAGUGUUUUCCCAUGAGAUAUUAGUUUAACAACGAUUAUUACUGAAUUCGGCCAACGGGUUUAACUAAUGUCUCCCAUAUGAGCUGAUCCUUCAUAUGCUUAAAGACCAGUCCUGUUUGCAAAAGCUGGUUAAAACUGUCCUAAGACAACACGGGAGGCUGAGGAAUUUUGCUAUCAGUUAAUAGUUACACAAGUUUGCAAGUAACAGGUUAUGAGAAUUAUCAUUUCCACUAUAAGGGAUACAUACUAUUGUUUUCUAAAAGAAUUUCAGCCUCACAUAAAACAGCACAGGGAGUUCCUUAAUAUGUGCACAUUUCUAGCUGUAAAUAAUAACCUCUCAUGCAUCUGUAAAUGUCACUUCCAGUUGUAUUUAGUGCAAUGUAUGGUAUCAAACACACUUUUUAUUUAUAUAUAUUUAUGUUUUACAUUUUAAAAAAAAACGUUCUAUAGCCUGUAGCCAGCUCUCAUUUCCAGUAUACUUUUUUUUCUCUGUAUGCUCAUUAACACGAUGAGAAGUGAGACUGUAGUGGUACUGAGCAUGUGCACAGUGCUUUAGUCUCCCUAAAAAAAAGAUUCAUAGAGGCUUCAGAAUAAUUAUGGUUUUAAAACAUCUUUAUUUUGUAACAAACCAUUAAAAUUAAACAUAGAUUAAAGAUAGAAUGUCUCUAUAGAAUUGGCCGCUAGCAGGGGGUGUCAAUCAACACGAUUGUAUUCGAUCAGCUUGAUUUCUGUCCGCUGCCUCAGAGCAGGCGGACAAGUUAUGGAGCAGCGGUCUUUAGACCGCUGCUUCAUCGCCGGAAAAACGGGGCAUCAAGCUCCAUACGGAGCUUGAUAAAUCGACCCCAGAGCAUGCAAUUUUAAUCAACUUUCUAAUUUACUCCGAUUAGUUUUUCUUCGUUCUGUUGCUAUCUUUAUUCAAAAAGCAGGAAUGUA